ACAUUUAAGUCAAUCAUCAUAACCUAGUAGACAUACGAGGAAGACGCAGCUGUGAAGACCUCAGGUUGGGUAUUUACAGUAAACUGCCCAUGUGACCGCAAAGAUGGACCCGCGACGUAGUGCGCAGGACGUCCUACUGUGUGACCUCUGUGAAACUGACCCCGUACAAAACUAUUGUGAACUUUGCCAUACCGAUCUUUGUAGUAAUUGUGUCAGUAAACAUCUCUCAGAUUACUCUAAAAGACACAAUGUCGUUUCGUAUUUCAACAGAAAGUUUACUCCUAAACACGCAAAAUGUCUGAAACACACCGAAAAAGAUUGCGAACUUUAUUGUGAGGAAUGUGACGUUCCUGUUUGCACUUCCUGUCUCGUCUCAGGUAAACACAAAAGUCACGAUGUAUCGGAUAUUUUGGGAAAACUUAGCUCGAAAAAACAACGCUUGCAAAAAGAUUUAUAUGAACUAGAGAACAAAAUUUAUCCCCGAUACGAAGAAAUGGCCUCCAAUGCCCAAAAAGGGAAAGCCGAGACAGAAACAAAUUAUUUAAACCUGUCCACAGCUGCUGAUCAACAUGGAGAAAUCUUGCAACGGCAGAUCACCGCCUUUAUUAACCGACGGAAAUCGGAUAUCAAGGAGAAGAAAAAUAAACACCUGGCUGUUUUACAGAAACAUACAGACGAAAUCACGCACAAAAUUGCUGAAAUCAAACGGGUCAUUCUAAAACUCAAAAACAUUCUGGACAGCAAUGAUAUCUCCUUAACAUUCACUUACAGAUCUAGAAACGAUGAAUUCAAUGAGCUGCCUUCUGAAACCAAAGUUACAAUGCCAAGGUUGUCUACUCCAACGAUUAAAACAGAAAAACUUGAUGAAAUGUUUGGUACGUUGUCAUCAUUAUCCCUAACAACAGUCAAACCAAUGCUUGUUGAACCGCGACUCGCCGGCACCAUAAACACUGGAUUUGACAGACAAGGCAGCGUUAGUUGUCUCAAUGAAGAACAAGUCUGGACAUGUGGGAAUAACAAAAUCAUGAAACUCCUCAACCUCCAAGGCAAACUAUUGGCAUCAAUACAAACCAAGUCAGGGAACGAACCUUUUAACAUAGCAGUGACACGGGCCGGAGAUCUUGUUUAUACUGACUAUAAUGAUAAAACUGUAAACCUAGUGAAGAAUAAUCAGAUAGAGACCAUGAUCAGACUAGACGGAUGGAGACCUCGCAGUAUCUGCAGUACUUCAGCAGAUGAUCUCCUGAUUAUCAUGACCAGUGAUGAUGAAAGAAAAUCCAUAGUUGCGCGUUACUCUGGUUACACAAAGAAACAAAGCAUCCAGUCUGAUGAUCAGGGUCGUCCUCUCUAUUCCUCUGAAAAUUACCCCAAGAACAUCAGUGAGAACAGGAACCUGGAUGUCUGUGUGGCUGACUUCAAUGCUAAUGCAGUUGUGGUGGUCAAUCAGUCCGGAAAACUCCGAUUUAGAUACACUGGUCAUCCCUCUAAUACCAAGAAAUCAUUCCAUCCAGCUGGCAUCGCUACAGACAGCCAGGGUCACAUCCUGACAGCAGACUGGGACAGCCACCGCAUCCAUAUUCUAGAUCAGGACGGACAGUUCCUCCGUUACAUUCAGAACCGUCAUUUUCACCAUCCUAAUGGUUUAUGUGUGGACACCAGAGACAACCUCUUUGUAUCCGAGUUUGACACUGCUAAAGUGAAGAAAAUUCGAUAUCGAUAAACACGGUGCUUAUCACAUAUCUAAACAGAGUGUUGAUUACACGCCUCAACAGUGUCAAAUACACAUCAAAACACGGUGUUGCAUUUUCAUUACGGUGAUACACACCAUGUUAAUUACAACAGUCAUUUAUUGAUAACAGCUGUGUUAACAAAUGUUUAUGAUUUGUAAUUAACGUGUGUAUUCACAGUAAAUGAGUGUUUUAAGUGUGUCUGAUUGAACGUUAUUAAAGUAUCUCUGGAGUAGUAUCUAUUAGGGAUGUGUGAAUUUUCCGGUAUAUCGCGAUAAUUUGUCUCACGGUAUGUAUUGCGAUACGAUGGAGAGAGAGAGAGAGAGAGAGAGAGAGAGAGAGAGAGAGAGAGAGAGAGAGAGAGUAUUUGGUAAAACGCGUAGGAAUCGUUAUAUCUCUAUAUAUACAGGUUGUGAGUCAUUUAAUUAUUGUUUGAUCUGAUUUUUUUGUUUUAUUACAAAAUGUUUUUUUUUACGAAAUAAAUGUUUAAACUGAA